CUUCGUAUAAUUUUUUACUGUUGAGUUAUUCUUUAUCAAAUUAGGAAUGUUGUUCUUCAAUUAAGAAAUCUAGGGCUCAAAUAUAAUCUGCCCUUAUUCUUUAACAAAUUAGGAAUGUUGUUUCUUCACUUCAGAAAUUUAGGGCUCAAAUAAUAUCUGCCCUUUUGCAAUCGCAUUAGACAAUUUCAAACAAAAUCCCUUUAUUCAAACCCAAAAAUCUCUCACACAAAAACUCCGGAACGAAAAAAACCCAGAUUUGCAAACCUUCAUAUUCACCUUUCAAUGGAAUUUCCACCAGACUUAGACUUAUUUGGAGAUGAUGAUGAAGAAGAUUACGCCCAAGACAAUGACGAAGAACAACCAAAGCAAGAGGAAUAUGGCGGCGAUGGCGGUGGUGGGGGUGUUCGUCCUUCAUCAUCUUCCGACUCGUCUCGCUCUUCUUCGCCGUCAAAUUCAUCUUCUUCAUCGUCUUCGAGAUCAAGAUCUUCUUCCAGUGGUAGUGGUAGCGUCAGUGGGAGUAGCAGCGCGAGUGAGGGGAGAGAGAAUGGUGGUGGGGAAGAAGUAGUGUCCAAUAGUAGGAUUAUUGCUAGGGAUAUAUUUGGGGAUGAACCUGAUGAUGAUGAUGAAAUUGAUGAAGUAGAUGAUGAACGAGAUCUUUUUGGGCCUGAUAAUGAAGAUUACUGCAAAACUUUGGCUAAAAGCCCUCACCCUGUUCCUGUUUUGCCUCCAAUUCGAAAUAACCAUCACCAAGAUGGAGGUGGAGGUGGUCGUGGUCGUGGCCGUGGACGAUGGCAAAAUGAUAGAGGUGCUGGUAUCCUACCUCGGCCUGGAUAUCCUCCCAGACAAAAUUAUGGGUUCAACCCCAGAUUUCCUCCUGCUAUACGUGAUGAACGCUUUGUUUCUGAGCUCCUGUUUACAAGUAGUGAGGAAACACUUUCAAGAAAACCUGUACAGUUCCAAGAGCCUUCUGAAUUUGCCUGCUAUAGUCGUCUGGAAACUGGUGAGGUCUUCUUUGAUGAUCGCAGCCUGAGGCUUUUUAAGCGACUGAUCAGUGAAGAUGUUGGAGCAGAUCUGAAUGAAGGCUUUGAUACAUUCAUCGAGAAAAAAGAUUUGGGCUCUCAGGGUUUUGGUGAUCUUCUUGCUUGCAUAAGACAUAAAAGAAUUCCUCUAGAGAAUAUGCAUUUUGUGACGUAUCGGAACAAUCUAAAUAAGAUUCUGGCCACUGCUUAUAUUAGGAAUGAACCUUGGGAAAUGGGAGUACAUAAAAGAAAGGGGGUUAUUUAUCUUGGUGUCCAUAAACUACCAGAAAGGCCAAAGACAGAAUUGGAUCGCAGAAGGUGCUAUUGGGGUUAUUGCUUUGAGACCCUUGCAACUGAAGAUCCUACAAGGGAUGAUGGAGAGGGUAUACAUCAUAUUGAUGCCAACGUUGAGUAUUGUGCUGUCAUCAAAACAAAACUUGGUGCUCAUCGAAUAUUAAUGGGUGCUGAAAUGGAUUGCUAUGACUCCCCUGAUGAUGGGAGGAAGUUUUAUGUUGAGUUGAAGACAUCCCGAGAGUUGGAUUAUCGAACAGAGGAAAGAUAUGAAAGAGAGAAAUUACUUAAAUUCUGGAUCCAAUCAUUUCUAGCUGGUGUUCCCUAUAUCGUUGUUGGCUUCAGGGAUGACUCCGGCCGACUUGUUCGCACAGAGAGAAUGAGAACCAAAGAAAUAAAUCAGAGAGUGAAGAUGAAGAAUUAUUGGCAGGGUGGGGUUUGCUUAGCAUUUGCUGAUGAGGUAUUGUGCUGGCUGUAUGGAACUGUGAAAGAGGGUGAAGACUACAUAUUGCAGUUUGCUCCACCCUUCACCCGUUUGGAGCUCCUACUGGCAAACUCCUGUCCAGACGAGAUUACUCACCAUCUAGAGCUGUAUCAGCAAAUGCAGUCUGAUAUGCGAUGACAAGGAGAAUGGAGUUUCAAAACUCCAAAAAUAUACAGGACAUACGGCACUUUGUUAAGUCAAUUUGAUUAUAUGACACAUUUUUAGACUGAAGUUAGAUAGCUUUCUUAGGUAAAUGCCCAUCUUAGAUUGGUUUUUUCCCCUUCUUUUUUCAUCUUGAUGCGUACAUCCGAAUGGUAUAUCAGCAAUGCAAUUUAUGUCAGUUGUAACUAAGCUGAUGACAAUUUUGGCUUACCACAGUUACCACAGUUCAUCAGCCUGCCAAUUUGGCUAAUGUAAAGUUGGUCGAGCUUGUUAUGUAACCAAAAAAUUACAUUAUUAACGAUUUACUGAAAACCUUUGGAGAUAAAUUUACAUUUUGGUAACAAUACUUUUAUU